AUGAAGUCCAAUUUGAAAAGUACCCUUUACAUCAUUUUUUUAUAUUGGUAUGUGCACAUCAAAGAUGAGCAAAAGUGGGUGACUGUAAAUGCUGAAACGCCCAACUUGAGAAACGGAUGGUCAAUAAAAAAUGGCGACAUACACAAUGGGGAAAAUAAUUUAAAUCGAAAAUAUGCUGAUUAUCUGAAUGACACAGUUGAGGGGAAUUCCAAAAUGGAAGCAUUAGAGGAAGGACUAUCGGGACAAUCUGAAGAAGCAGUCGUUAAGGCACAACAAGAAGAUGGAGAAGUUCAGGCACAACAAGAAGAAGCAGUCGAUUUGCAAUUAGCAGAUAAACAAGCGGCAGAAAAGGCAGCAGGAGAAGCACAACAGUUUGCAAAAGAAGCCACACAAGCAGCAGAACAAGCAGCUGAAGAUGCAAAAAAAGCAGCACAAGCAGAAAAAGAUGCGAAAGCUGCUCAAGAUGAAGCAAAGGAAAAAGUAAAAAACGCAGAAAAAAUAAACGAAGCCGUGGAACAAGCUACAAGUGCAAAGGAGCAAGCACAGAAGGCAUCUGGUGAAGCAGAAACUGCAAAAGAAAAAGCAGCUGCAGCUACAAAGGCAGCAGAACAAGCAGCUGCAGCUGCAGCUGCAAAGACAACAGAAGAAGCAAAAACAAAUAAGCAACAGGCAAUGGACCAAAAAGGACUAGCAGAAGAAGCUCUGAAAAGAGCAAAAGAAGCAGCAACAAAUGCUCAACAAGCAAAGGAAAACGCGGAGAUAGCAUUGGAACGAACAAAAGCAGAAGUAUCAAAAGAAUUAGCAGAAAAAGAGGUACUAGCAGCAAAAGAAGCACAAAAGGAAGCAGAAGCAGCAAAAAAUAAAGCAAAAGCUGCAAGCGAUAAAGUAACGAGUGAAAACGAAGCUGUAAACAAGGCAACCUUAGCAAGUAAGCGAGCGGACGAAGCAUUAGGCAGAGCACAAGAAUACGCGACUAUAGCAGAAAAGGCAGCCGGAGAAGCACAAAAGGCAGAAACAGUACAAACAGCACAAGUAGCAUCCAAAAAGGCUAAGGAUGCAGAAACAAGUGCGAAUUAUGAAAGAAUAAUAGCAGAACUAGCAGCCGAAGUAGCAAAAGCAGAAGCAGAAAAAAAUGAAGCAGAAAAAGAAUUGAAAGAAGCAAAUAAGGCAGAUGAAGAAGCAAAAGCUGUAGGAGCUGCAAUUGGCGCCGAUAAGGCAAAGGAAAAGGCUAAAAUAGAAGCAGAAAAGGCAAAAAAACAACUAGACGAAGCAAAAAAAUUAGCAAAGGAAGUAAGUUCAGCAGAGUACAACGUAGAAGAGAAAUCAGUAUCUGAGGCAAAAGAGAAAGUUUCAGAAAUACAAAAAGCGGUGACUGCAGCAAAAACUGCAAAAGAACUAGCGGUAAAGGCAGCAAAAGUAGCAACACAUAUAUUAAAUGCAGAAAAGGCAAAAACAGAAGCACAACAAGCAAAAAAAGAUGCACUAAAGGCAAAAGCAGAAGCUGAAAAAUACGCAAGUGAUUCUAAAGCUGAAAAAGCAAAAGAAGCAGCAACUAAGGCAGCAACGGCAGCGGAUACAGCAACUGAUAAAGCUACGAAAGCGGAAAAGGAAUCCGCAGAUGCAGUAACAGAAGCAAACGUGAAUCCAGACGAAAUACCAGAUAAAGAAGAAGAGGUAAAGAAAAAGGCAACCCAAGCAGCAGAUUUCUCAAAAGAAGCUGUGAAAGCAAAAAAUGAAGCGUUAAUAGAAGCAGAAGUAGCAAAGGCAGAAGCGGCAAAAGAGGAAGCUAAUAUGGCGCAAAUCGAAGCCGGUAAAGCAAAAGCAGAAGCAGAAAAAGCUGCGCAAACAGCUCCAUUAAGUGCAGUAACAGAGGCAAAAAAAAAAGCAGAAAAUAUGGCCACUCUAGCAAAGGAAAAAGCAGAAACGGCCGCAAACGAAGCAAAAGGAACAAAUGAAAGUGCAGACAGUAUACGAGAUAAAGCAAAAGAAGAAGUAACAGAAGAAGUAACCAACAAAAUUACGGAGAUUAAAGGAAAAGCAGAAAAUGCCUCAAAAGCAGCAAAUGAAGCCAAGAAGGCGCAGACAGAAGCAGAACUCGCAGCAGCUGUAGCCAAAGCAGCAGUAGCAAAGCACGAGGCGAAAAAAGCGCAAGAAUUGGCUGAUGAUGCAAAAAAAAAAGCGGACGAAGAAGCAAAACCGGUGGAAUCAAAAGCAAAAGAUGAGGCAGCUAGCGCAGCAGAGAAAGCAAAGGAAAAUGCCAAGACAGCAGAAGAUGCAGCAGAUGAAGUGUUAUUAAAAGCGAAAGAUGCAGAAGAAGAGGUAAAAAAUAAUUGGGAUAACCAGCAGAAAAAGGCAGAUAUAACCUCUAAAGUGAACCAUGUGAAGGAAAAAACAUCACAAUCAAUUGACGCAGCCAAAGCAGCGAAGAAAGCAAAAGAUUUAGCCGAAAUUGCACUAAACGUUGUAAAAGCAGAAGUGGCGAAUGAUAAGGCAAAAAAGGCAGUCACAACAGCGGAAGCAGCAAAAGAUGAAGCAAAAAAGGCAGCCGCAUCAGCAGAGCAACCCAAGAAGGAAGCAGAAUCUGCGGUGGAAGACGCGGAAACGGCGAAGGAUGAAGAAAAGGAAGUAGAAAAAAAAGCACAAGAGGUGGCGGAAAACGCAAAUGCAGCGCAGGAACAAUUAAAAAUAGCCGAACAGGAAUUGCAGACAGCUAAGGGAGCCACGUCGAUGGAAACAUUGGUCCAAGCUAAAACGAAAGCCCUUGCGGCGGCAGAAGAUGCAGUUAAGAAAGGGCAGGCAGCGGAAGAUGCAGCCAACGAGGCAAAAAAUAACGCAGCGAAAGCCGCAGAAGCUGCUGAAAAAGCAAAAAAGGCAGCAGAAGAAUCAGCCUUAAAGAAAAAACUUAAAGUUCUAGAAAUUGUGAAAAAAUACUCCAAAGAAGGCUACAAUACAGUCGACAGUGACGAACAUGUGCUAAACGAAGUUGAAGAACAGGCAAGCGAAGCGAAGGAGGAAGAGGAGGAGGACGACGAAGAAGAAGCAGAGCAUUCAUUACCGAACGAUGUAGAAAUAGAGGAUGAUGACGAUGAAGGAGAGGAGGAGGAAAAAGAAGAGGAAGAAACAGAAGUGAAGGAAGAGGAAGAUGUUAAAGAGGAAGGACAUGCACAAAGCAGUGCACAUCAGAGCAGCGUAACCGAGUUAGAAAAUCAAAAAGCACAAUCCCAAGAAAAGAGUGAAAAACCAUUAAGCGACAGCAACGCCCAAGCGCUGCUCGAAGACAACUAUAAAGAUGUUGUGAACUUUAAAAAAAUGGCUGACGGGUUGACCAAAAAUAUAAUUAGCACAAUCGACGGGGACACAGACGUCCUAGACACCCUCAAGGACUUCGCUGAAGACCUGAAUCAGUUCAUUUUUAGCAUGUAA